UUAAGAUUUAGUUCGGGUAACAAUUAUUUUAACAAAAUUCCAGUUGUUUUCCUUAAAUAGUUUUAAAGAAUUUUAUAAAAGAAAUAAGUUGUGUUUUUAUAAAACAUAGUCUUUUAAAACUAUGGAAAAGAUAUUAAAUUGUAUAGGAAUUUUGUUAUUGUUUAAAGUUGCUAGUGUAAUUUGUCUUCGUGGAAAUCUUACACAAUUUUGCAAUACAAAUUUGUGUAAAGGAGGACGGGUUCAUGUUGCGUGUAAUAAUGAUCUAAAAAUCAACUCAUCAUGUGCUGACUACAGUGAAGUGUUUGAUCUUUCACCAAAAAUUAAACAAAUUAUAUUAAAUAAGCACAAUGCAUAUCGAAACCACCUGGCCCUGGGAAAAGUUCCCAAUUUCCCGCCAGCAACUCGAAUGGCAACUAUGCGAUGGAACGAUGAACUAGAACUUAUGGCAGAGCUGAAUGUCAAAACUUGCACAGGGACCCAUGAUUCUUGUCGCAAUACACAUAAUUUCAAACAUUCUGGACAAAAUAUCGCGCGGCGAACAACAUUUAAAGACACAAUCACCUUAGAGAAUCUUGAAUAUAAUAUCUACCAUGGCAUUGAUCGAUGGUUUCGAGAACAUCUAAUAUGUCCUCGAGAUGGAACAGUGGUAUUUAAUGAGGGUAAAAAGAAAUGUGGCCACUUUACUGUGAUGAUAGCAGAUCGGAAUACACAAGUCGGAUGUUCUAUAAUGCAUAUGAAAAGUGAAAAAACCGUUUUCACAUGUAAUUAUUCAUGGACGAAUAUCAGGAAUGCAAAACUUUAUAUUCCAGGAAGAGCAGCUUCGCAAUGUAAGACUGGAAAGAAUACACAAUAUCCUGGAUUAUGUUCAAUCAAUGAAAAGUAUCCAUAAAUGUACAUACAAAUUGUGUAAAAUUUAAAUAUUUAUGCUUAAAUAAAAAA